AAGGUAGCUCGAGCUCGGCUUGUUUCCGCCCGUAGUUUUCAUAUCCCCUCAAUGGCAACAACUUGAACCCUGUCGCUGCGCAAGCUCUCCUUUCUCCUCUCCCAUGGCGAUCCCCACUCGCCCCCUCCUCCUCCACCCCAACGCUCCUCUUCUCCCACCAACUCCUCAACUCCGCCACCACCUCUCCGCUGCCGCCUCCACCGCCCCUCUCCGGCGCCGCUGCAUCUCCCCCCACCUCCCCUUCCCUUCCACCCCUCUCUCUCUUCGCCCCGCCAUCAAACACCUCCCGCGCACCCAAACCCGAGCCUCCUCCUCCUCCCCCUCUCCCAAUUUCCAAACCCUAACCCUAACCCUACCCCCACCCUUCUCCCCGCUCUCACUCCCCGUCCCCUCCCCUCUCACCAUCUUCAAGUGCUCCCUUCUCCUCUCUCUCUCCCUCUUCGCCAUUAAGCGCUCCGUCUCCCUCCUCCUCAGCCCCUUCUUCUGGACCUACUUCAGCCUCUCCUGGAUCUUCUGGCCAUGGAUCCUCGCCCUCGCCCUCGCCGCCGUCGGCCUCUUCGCCCUCCGCAGGUGCUCCCUCGGCUCCGCCUCCGCCCUCGACCAGCUCGCCGUUGUCACCGCCGCCUCCGCAUGGCUCACUCUCGUCCCCCCGGCGCACUUUAAUGGCUUCCUCGAAGGUUGGCCCCUCGCCCUUUUCCUCGUCUACCACUACUUCUUCUUCUUCGAGCCCUCCGUUCGCAGGCGCCUCUACGGCGACCUGUACCCCCGCGUUCACGAUCCCAAGUGGGAUGUCCGCAUGCCGCCGCACCUCCAGGUCGGAUUCGCCGCCCUCGUGAUGAUCGGGCACUGGCUCGCGGCAUACGAGGGGCCGGAACUGCACCUGGUUCCGGGGGGUUGGGCCAAUUUGGGGAUAUGGGUGUUGAUCUUCAUGGUGCUCUUCAUGCGGUACCACUCGGUGCUCUACCUCGCAAAGUACUCCGAGAAGGUGGCGGUGCCCACGGCAGUGGUGCAGUUCGGCCCCUACCGGUGGGUGCGGCAUCCGAUCUACGCGUCGACGAUGCUUCUAUUUGCUGUUCACUGUAUUACUCUGCGGGCUCCGCUUAGCUUGCUGUUCCUUGUUGCUGUGUGCUUGCUUUACUAUGGGUGGAAGGCGGAUGCGGAGGAGGCUCUCAUGGUGGAGAACUUUGGGGAGAGGUACACAGAGUAUAUGAACAAGGUCAGGUAUAAGCUGAUUCCUUUAUUGUACUAAUACUAACCGGCUUACAGGCUGUACAAUUUUGUGCUUUGCGAGGUUGUUAGUUGGGCUCCUUUCAGUUUGUAGGUUGAAUUUUGAUAUUAAAAAAAAAAAAAAAGGCGGUGUAAGAUUGGUUAUUUAAAGGUAAAGAAAUCUGUGUUACUGUGCUGCCAUCUUCAUCUCUAGCUAGGGUGUGUUCUGGUGCUUACGUAGAAGUUGCAGGUGAGAAGCAGAAACUUCAAAAUAGAGCUUCUGCUUUGGGGCUUGAAAGCUCAUUUCGGCUUCCAACAAUGGGUGGAAGGUCCAAACAUUUCUUUUUUGUUUGGCGAAUACAUUUGACUUCUGCCUCUUUAGUAGAGAAUCUUUUACAAAAGCCUAGUGCUUAACAAAGUGCUUGACCAAUUUGAAUU